AUUACCUACCUGACCGAAUCUCAAGUUAUCCAGUUUGUAAACAGCGUUUACACUGUGAAUGACUUUGGCAAUCCAGAAAUUUAUCAAGAAAAAUUAACUAGUACAGACGAUAUCUUUGAAACAGUAAAGGAAAAUUCAACAGUCCUUAAUAACAAAACAUUACUUGCGUUUACUCGUUGGUGUUCGGGCAACAGGUUAAAAUUCUUAAAUACUAUAGAAGAUAAAAAACCAUGGAGGUAGAAAAAGAAAUCUUUUUGUAAUGGAUAAAAUUUACCAUGACUGUCUGGUUACAUCCAUUACGGAAUAUCUGCUAAAUUACCAGCAAACAUUGAAAAAUUUGCAGAAUAAUAUAUUUGAAAUAGUAGGAUACGUCCGAAAGUCUCCAGCCGCAGAUAUAAUGGAUAACCGUGUGGAACUAUUGCAGCAAAUGGUAGACAAUUUGCGCUCCAGAUCUUUUGCGACUCGGAUUUUUGUCUCAUCAAGCUCAAGGGCUUCAACAGCUUUUGCAGAGCGAGAUGUUAACGUGGACCAAAAAAUACACCAACAAUUAGAUAAAGUAGAUGCUCGAGAUUUUUUUAAAUACUUGAAAGCAACUAAACAUUCAAUUUGUCUUGCGGUCUUGGAUUUUGCUGGAUUUUCCAGUCGAUCCAGUCAUCUUCACGAAUUGUUGAAAGAUUAUCCCAUAAUAAAAAAAGUCGCUGUGGACACAUUCAUGUUUUCAAAUGAACUGUUCAUUUAUGAUACCUGUGAUUUGAAGGCAAACGCCAAUUUAUUAGAAAAAUUUGAUUGUAGAUACAAAUUAAUGAAGAGAUCAUGUUGUAUAUUGAGACUUAAGUCCGUAUAUAGAUAUUGACAGAGACAAAUAAAGCCUGU